CCCCGAAGCAGUGCGGGGCGUUCCCCGGGCACGGCGAUGGGGCUGAGCCAGGAUUGAUCCCUCUCUGCACCUUGCAGGAGUGGGCGGACGUGUGUUGCAGGGGCCUCCGAAGCGUCCAUGCCUACAUCCUGGUCUAUGACAUCUGUUGCUUUGACAGCUUCGAGUACAUCAAAACCAUCCGCCAGCAGAUCCUGGAAACAAGGGUCAUCGGCACUUCGGAGACGCCCAUCAUCAUCGUGGGCAACAAGCGGGACCUGCAGAGGGGCCGGGUGAUCCCGCGCUGGAACGUCUCCAACCUGGUGAAGAAGACGUGGAAGUGCGGCUACAUCGAGUGCUCGGCCAAGUACAACUGGCACAUCCUGCUGCUCUUCAGCGAGCUCCUCAAGAGCGUGGGCUGCGCCCGCUGCAAGCACGUCCACACCACCAUCCGCUUCCAGGGGGCCCUGCGCAGGAACCGAUGCACCAUCAUGUGA